AUGGAAACCAUCAUAAUUCUAAUUCUAUUCUUCCCUGCUCUGCUACACUACAGUGAGUCUCCUCCCCCUCUUAUCGUCGUCUUCACAUUCUCUAUUCUUCCAAUUACACAUUCUGUCCCAUCAAUCAUGGGAAGAACCAUUAAAUGGCUCAAGAGAUUACUCUACGGACCCAAAACGCAACACCACCCCUUACCAGAAAUCUCCGACGAUCUAUGCUUGAGUCCCAACAUUACCCCUUCCCAGGCGGCCUGGCUGCGGGCUUUCUACUCAGAGCCCGACACCGAGCAGAGCAUCCGGGCAAGGGCGGUGGCGGCCGCCACCGCCGCGGCCGCUGACGCCGCCGUGGCGGCAGCCAAGGCGGCUUUCGAAGUGGUUCGGCUGAACAGCCGAGGCGGAGGAAGUGGAACGGCGUCGAUUGGUGGUAGCCGGGAAAUUAAUUCCGCCGCCGUCGCUAUUCAAAAAGUUUUCCGGGGAUUUCUGGCCCGAAAAGCACUUCGGGCUUUGAAGGGCCUGGUGAAGAUUCAGGCGCUGGUAAGAGGAUUUUUGGUCCGAAAACAGGCCGCCGCCACGCUCCACUCCAUGGAAGCUCUCGUCAGGACACAGGCAGCUUUACGGGCAAGAAGAAUAAAUCUGCAAAUCGGCGGCGGCGGAAAUGGCGAAUUCCCGCCUGAAUUUCCGGCGAGAAAACCGUCGCCGGUCAGGCAAAUUGAAUCCCCUUUGCAGUGUCGGCCAGACGAGGCUACCAAAAUCGUGGAAAUCGACACAUGGUGCAGGCCGAAAUCAAGAUCGAAGAGGAUCAUAAUCAGCAGAUGGGUUCCCGAGGAGUUCGGCGAGGAUGAGGACCGGAGCCGCCGUGAAUCUGCCAUAACCACCGCGGAGAGCACUGCGAAAGAGAAGAAUUCCUUGUUGGGCAAUUCGUCGAACAGUUGGCGUGCAGACGAUAGCGGCGGAUUCCGGUGGUCGAAUGGCAGCAGGACGGCGAAGGGCCGAUCGCAGAGCGCUCCGAAGCAGCGGCGGGGGUCUCUCCGGGAGGUGAUGGGGCGGAGGGCGGCGGUGGAUGGCGGUGUUGAUUUCAAGAAUACUGUAAUGGGAAAGCUUCGCAUGAAUUGAAACAUGGUACUGAUUAGACACUUAAGAAAAAUUCAAAUUUUGACAGCUCACCUCAGCUGAGUCUUCUCUUCGUUUCA